ACAUUUACUGGUGCGACGGAAACGGAAACAAGCGCGAGAUUUUGUGGCGGAGAGAGUCCGAAAUGGCGUGUGGAUGUUUAUGUGCCUCCAUUCUUUCUCCCUCCAACCUUCUUUCUCUUAAUUAUUCAGCUCAUAUUAAAACUAAGUUGCUGCUUCCUUCCCCAGUUGCUUUCCCUUCGCCAUCUAAGUUAUCAGCUCUCAAGUGCAAGGCUGCUGCCCAAUCCUCGCCUACUUCCACCGUCUAUCGGGGAAUUUAUGGUCCUUGGACCGUUGAUCCUUCCGACGUUAGAGAGGUAAUUUUAUAUAGAGCGGGCUUAGUGACAGCUGCUACCUCUUUUGUGAUAGCUUCAUCAGUUGCUUUUUUACCGGACAACUCUUCAUUGAGUGACACACUUAAGCAAAAUCUUGAUCUGUUAUAUGCCUUGGGUGGAGGAGGAUUAGGCUUAUCCCUAGUUUUGAUUCACAUAUAUGUAACAGCAAUUAAGCGCACUCUUCAAGCUUUUUGGGUGCUUGGUGUUGCUGGAUCUUUGGUAGCUUACGUAAAUCUUGCACAACCAGCUGGGGACAGCUUAGCGCAGUAUGUGGUCGAGAACCCAUCGGCUGUCUGGUUUAUUGGUCCUCUCUUUGCAGCACUGACUGGACUUGUCUUCAAAGAAGGGCUUUGCUAUGGAAAGCUUGAGGCUGGAGUUCUUACCUUUGUCAUACCUACAUUACUACUAGGGCACCUGAGUGGUUUGAUGGACGAUGGGGCCAAACUUGGUCUGUUAGGUUCAUGGAUGGCCCUGUUUGUGAUAUUUGCCGGAAGAAAGUUCACUCAGCCCAUCAAGGAUGAUAUUGGCGACAAAUCUGUUUUCAUGUUCAAUGAUCUUGGAGAGGACGAAAAGAAGGCGUUGAUUGCGAAGCUUGAGCAGCAAGAGCUUGGUCAGAAUGUUGAUUAGAACAUCUGAAUGACACCCACCAGGAAGAACUGUUAUCAGUCGAGCUGUUUUACUUCUUACUGCAGCUUUGUCAAUAGUCCAGAGUUUAUACAUAACGCUACUACAACCCAAGCUGUUCAUGUUUUUCUUUUUUCAUUGGUGUUAUAAUAUCAUAUAUUGACUCUUCUCAACAUUUGUAUAUUUGCAUGGGAGUGAUUGUAAUACGAGCAUUCCUUUAGAAAUCU